GUCCCGCCUCCUCCUCCAUUAUCAUCGUAGGCUGGACGGCCCCUUCUAUUUCCGCCCCCGCUGUCGCGUCGUGAUGGCGAUUCCCGCCUCGACCACCUUAUGAAUGUUUGACGCCGAAGCGUUCGGUCAACGGAGGCCAGUCCGCUGCUGCCCUCUUCCGCGUUACGUAUCGAGGAAUCCGAGCCUUUUGACAAGCAACGCCUGACUGGGAUUCGACUUCCGGCCCCCGCUUGUGCACUGGAUCCAGAAAACUGCCGCAGUGUCGAAAGAAAUUUCCGGAGCAGCUGGUUCAAUUUCCGCCGUGUCCAGAGGUUGCGGAGCUGGAAUUUCUCCGUCGUGGGCUUCUGCAUUGCUCAUCUCCUUGGCCCCUCGGGUCAUCUUCGAAAUUGCCACUCAUGUACAAUCGCAGAGCGAGCUCUCUGAUUUCCGCGGAGAGGAAUUUUCCACGAGUGCAUGGGGAGUCUUAACGGCUGUUGACGGUCCUGGCUUUCAGUUUCUCGUGGUGGAAUCUGAGACUCUGUGGAAAGGAUCCCACGGACCGGUUCGUGUUCCGGAGGAUGACUGGCCGACUGGUCACGGAAUGCUAGGAGCAGGAGAUUUGCGCUGAGGUCGUUCCAGUCCGAAGAAAUUUGCAGUCUGGGCGCCCAAAGCAGCGGAGUGAGCAGAGGAGCGAGACAAUGUCGCAGAACGAAGGGAGUCGGAGGCGAACGUGUAGCAAUCCCCAGGCCAGUGCGAGGUCCUCAGCUCUCCAGGAACUCUUGGCAUUGAAAAAAAAUGGCGGGAAGCGUGUAGACAAUUUUGAAGUGAGACUGGAAGACAAGGUCUACGAUACUCUUUCAGAAGCGGAUUACAAUCUGCACAUAUCCAAAAGGCGUCAGGAAGCCGAGGAAUUCGUCGUUGACGAUGACGGUCUCGGUUAUCUCGAAGAAGAAGACGACUGGGAAUUGGGAAGAGCUUCUGAUGAAGAAGAUGACAAAUCUACCAAACCAAAGAAACCACGUGACCCGAAGAAGGUUGCACCCAGUAAGAGAGCUACUGAAUUGGCUGCGGCAGCCGCCUUGACGGGGAAGCGUAAAGUGACAAGUAUGUUCGCUGCUGCUUCCAAUACUGGAAUUGGAAGACGUCCCACUAACGAGAACGGAGCCGCGCACAAAUCUGGAAUUUCCACCGACAGUAUCGUCGAUGACAUUCUUGCUGGGAUAACUGUUGACGAACUAAAACAACAGCGUCGGCGAGGCUCGCGAGCUGCAGACGGAGGUGGUGCAGUGCGGCGACAAGCUUUCAGACAACCUUCUUAUCCAAGCAUUCCAACAGCAAGUCACCAUUUUGUGCCCAGCGAACCCGUCUCGUCGUUUCAACCGGACAGGGCACCUGAUCGCCUAGAAACCCUCCAGGUCAGGGCCGGUGAAUUGGAAGUGAUCGACGAUCCUCCAAGCGUGCCAGACAUCUCAUGUGUAGUGAAGAGCGAGACUGUAAAUUCUCCUGAGGUUGAUGAUUUUCCGUCGCACCAGUUCGAACGGGAACAAAGUCCUCCGAAGAUGGGAUCCAAUCACGUGGCUGAAGUCUCCAUUAGCAGUGACGAUGUGGUCACAGCUGAAAGAGUCGAAUCAAAAAUUCGACUCAACGCGAAGAUCGUGGAGCGUCCUCAAACAAUGGAAGGGGCGUCAGCUGCUUGGCACUCAAUUCGGGAUGGUAGCUCGGAGAAGGUAGCGAACGCCGUAAUGAAAAAGGAAACAGCUGACGAGAAUCUGGAAUUAGUUAGCGGUGCUUUGCCUCUGGAUGCUGAGGGCAAGUUAUCCUUCUACUUUCUUGAUGCAUACGAGGAAGCCUUUGGGGCCAACCCUGGUACCGUAUAUCUCUUCGGAAAGGUGAAGAAGGGAGGCGAGUUUGUGAGCUGCUGUGUGGUCGUUCGCAACUUGCAGCGUAGCGUCUUUGCCGUUCCUGCGUCCUACGUGUUUUCGGACACAAAACUCUUGGAGCUUGAAAUUGAGGCGAAGUUGACGAAAGAUGUUAGAAGAACCGCUGUAAACGCAAAACUGCAGGAACUAGCAAAAGAAUUGAAGCAGGAACUUGCAGAAAAGUUGUUGGAUCUGAAUGUUGGCCGGUUUAGUAUGGUUCCAGUAAAGCGAUCUUACGCAUUCGAACGGCCCGACGUACCUGUUGGAGAACAGUAUUUUAUGAAGCUCAGCUAUCCAUUCAAGGAUCCUCCUCUGCCGCACGAUCUGCACGGUGUUCACUUCACCAGUAUAUUUGGAAGCCACUCCAGCGCCUUGGAGCUCUUGCUCAUCAAGAGGAGAAUAAAAGGACCGUGUUGGAUGAGUAUUACAAACCCAAUACUCUGUCCCAGCUCUUCCCAGGUCAGCUGGUGCAAGUUAGAAGUGAGUUUGGAAUCGUCAAAGGAUCUGGCAGUCACUCCUCCUGGAAACGCGCCAAUGGAGAUACCCAAGCUUGUCGUUGCAGCCAUCAACCUGAAAACUGUUAUCAACCACAAGCAGAACAUAAAUGAAAUUGCUUCUGCUUCCGUCGUAUCCUGCAAGUAUGUGAAGGUUGAUAUGCCAAUGCCUCAAGCCGAGUGGAAUACACAUGAAAUGCUAAACCACUUCAGCAUUGUGCGCAAGCUUGAUGGUGGAAUUUUUCCUGUUGGAUUUACCUCAGAAGUAGCUCAUCUCAACAGCAAAGUCGGCUCGAACGUGUUGAGUCAUGAGAGCAGUGAAAGAGCGUUGCUUAAUCACCUCAUGCUGAAGCUUUAUCAGCUGGAUCCCGACGUGCUAGUUGGUCACAAUAUCUCAGGCUUCGAUCUUGAUGUGCUCCUUCAUAGACUACAAGCUUGCAAGGUUCAAAGUAAGAUGUGGUCAAAGAUAGGUCGCUUAAGGCGAUCUCAGAUGCCGAGGCUUGGUGGCAACGGGAAUACAUUUGGUUCAGGAGCAGGUCCAGGAGCUAUGGCCUGUAUAGCUGGUCGACUUCUUUGUGACACUUAUAUUUCAUCUCGCGAACUAUUGAGACAGACAAGCUACUCGCUAACAGAACUAUCCAGAAACCAGUUGGGUCGGGAGCGCAAAGAACUGGUGCCAUCAGAUAUUCCUGCUAUGUACGGAUCAUCUGCUUCGCUUCUGGAACUGAUAGAAUCUGGAGAGACGGAUGCAUGGCUUGCUCUUGGCCUCAUGUUCCAUCUCAGUGUUUUGCCAUUGUCGCGACAGUUGACAAACAUCAGUGGAAAUUUGUGGAGCAAAACUUUGCAGGGAAACAGGGCCCAAAGGGUUGAGUUCCUUCUGCUUCACGAGUUUUAUAGUCGGAAGUUUAUAGUUCCAGACAAGCUUUCAAUUAAAGAAAGAGAACGGCUCACAUCAAAGAGGAAGUUAAUCUCGGACCAAGAUCUACCAAAUGCUGGAGAUGAGAACAAUAUAGACGAGGAGACUUAUGUGGAUGCUCCUCAAACUGGCAGUGGUAAACGGAAGAAGGGUGCAGCAUACUUGGGUGGUCUUGUUCUAGAGCCUAAAAAGGGCCUGUAUGACAAGUACAUCCUGCUGCUCGACUUCAACAGUCUGUAUCCUUCAAUUAUACAGGAAUACAAUGUGUGCUUCACGACUGUAGAUAGACCUUCGGAUGGUUCAAUUCCCACCCUACCCUCUAGCGAGCCUCCUGGAGUGUUACCUCAGGUGUUGAAGGGUCUCGUCGAUCGGAGACGGCAAGUCAAGUCGUGGUUGAAGAAAACCACUGAUGAUCUUAAGUAUCGUCAGCUUGAUAUCCAACAGCAAGCAUUGAAACUAACUGCUAACAGUAUCUACGGGUGUCUGGGGUUCACAAAUGCACGAUUUUAUGCGAAACCGAUCGCAGAACUCAUCACUUCUCAGGGUCGUGAAAUUCUGCAAAGCACAGUAGAUCUAGUGCAAAACAACCUGAACCUCGAGGUGAUCUAUGGAGACACAGAUUCAAUCAUGAUCCAUACAGGACUCGAUGACCUUGCUGCUGCGAAGGCGAUUGGUGUAAAAGUCAUUAAAGAGGUUAACAGAAAGUACAGGCUCUUGGAAAUAGACAUGGAUGGCAUCUUCAAACGCAUGCUUCUUCUUAAAAAGAAGAAAUAUGCUGCGGUCAAAGUUGAGCUAAGCAAGGAUGGUUCUCCUCGAGAGGUUAUGGAACAAAAAGGUCUAGACAUUGUCAGGCGAGAUUGGAGUUCGUUGUCAAAGGAGAUUGGUAACUUCGCUCUUGAACAGAUACUUUCUGAAGGUUCACGUGAAGACGUCGUAGAAGCUAUCCAUAACCAGUUAAGAAAGCUCCAAGAAGACAUGAGGAAUGGGCAGGUGGAGCUUGAUAAAUACAUCAUCACUAAAUCUCUCACCAAGGCUCCUGAAGACUACCCAGAUGCAAAAAACCAACCACACGUCCAGGUUGCUCUCAGGAGGAGACAGGCUGGUCAUCAUGUAGGAUGCUGUGCAGGCGACACCGUCCCGUAUAUCAUCUGUGUUGACAAGGACUCCACUGGACUCGCGGAGAGGGCAAGACAUCCAGAUGAAAUUAAAGCCAAUAGCGAGGCCUUUAUGGUGGACAUUGAAUACUACCUAUCUCAGCAGAUUCACCCUGUUGUAUCGCGACUGUGCGCACCGAUUGAAGGAACAGACGCCAGACACAUAGCCGAAUGUCUAGGCUUGGAUCCUUCCAAGUUUCACCGAGCGGAACCUGCAAACGAAGUGGAAGACACUCUUCUUUCAUCGGCAACCAUUCUUGAUGACGACGAUAGAUAUCGCCAUUGCGAAGCACUCCAGCUGGUGUGUCCACAGUGCACUAGACGGUAUCAAUUUUCCGGUGUCGGCAGAAUGGUUUCCCCCAAUUUACAAGACAGCAGUGAGCAUCCUGUAUCAGAUGAUCCGCUAAGAUGCCCUCAGUGUUCCCAUGGGGGCUCCAUGCAAAGGUUAUCGCCGGCUAUGCUUGCGAACCAGGUGAAGCAAAGGGCUGAGGAGUUUAUAGCUCGAUAUUAUGACGGUUGGAUGAUGUGUGACGACGAGGCUUGUGGUCACCUCACUCGAAACGUGAGCCUACGGGUUGUUGGAGAUGCGGACAGAGGCACCGUAUGUCCUAACUAUCCCCGAUGCAAUGGACGGUUAGGCCGUCAGUAUACGGAAGUCGACCUUUACAAACAACUGACCCAUUUCCACCGAUUGCUAGACGCAGCGCGCGUUCUAGACAAGGUGUCCGAUGUGACUGUGAAAGUAGCUGCCGAGAGGAAGCUGGCUAUAGCUCGUCCUGCUUUUGACUGUGCGGCGCAAGUUGUGAAGGACCUUAGAGAUAGAUGUGCAUACAGGUGGAUCAACAUGAGUGGGAUCUGUGUUUCUGUAUCGUAGCACUGAGGUUAGGCUGUUACUAUGUAGAUUCCGAUGUCCGGCAUCGCCGACCAAUUUUGUCAAAUCGAUUGCUGAAAACCAGCAUAUACACAACUUUUAGUCAACAUAAGUUCUGACGGGAGGAUGACUCGCAACCUUCCUUGCACCAUACGCUGAUCCAGAAUGUAUCCAGAAUCCAGGAUACAGCUGGAUUCUUGAUACAUAGAAAUAGAGCUGAAUUGUGGAUCAUGCCAAUCGGUUAUAGCAGCUGCUGGACGGAUCACCACCUUCUUGUAAUAUACAAAAGGAGCUGCUGUAUGCCGAUCACCUUCACACUGGUGAUCUGUAAGUGGACGCCGAUGAAAGAGCUGAAGGUUUCGCUAGUUACGGAACGAAAUUGAGUGUUUCAUGUACAGUCACAUUGAAUAGAAGUAAAUUAUCUCUGGCCUCAUAAAUCAGGAAAGGUCUCACGCCAUCGGCGGUGGGACGUUCGUUCUUUGUCAAUCUUUGUCGAUCUUUGUCGAAAUUUUAAAACAAACUGUGUCAUCUGGAAAGAUCGUCGUUUCCAAGUCUUCUCUCGUCGAGGUCAUUGGAAAAUAAUACGUUGACAGUUCUCACCUACUGCUGCUUACAGCUAGAAAGUAUCUUUGCUAGAUGGGUGGACAAGCCUGGAUAGACUACAGGCCUUAUAUACAGGUGCUCUCAAUAUGUGACAUGCUUUUAGUAACGGGACAUAAGUCCAGAUGUAUCUUCAGAUGUGAAGGGA